AUGGCUAAUGUUUUCACACGUCGUUCACAUUAUCCUCGUUAUGAAUCUUAUCGUUCACAAUGGUUAUCUUUACAAUUAAAAAUUUUCAAUUCAUCGAACUCUAAACAAAAUCAACCAUAUAAGAUAGUUAAGAGUUGUUCUUCUUCAAAAUUUGAUAAUUCUAAAAUACAAAUAUUAUUCAAAAGCAAUCAAAGACGUCCUUGCUCUCCCUUAUUCACUACGUAUACACAUGAUUAUCGACCAUGGUCAUACGCAGAUAUAAAACUAUCGAAAAACCAAAGCUUUGUUCAAUAUGAUGAAGUAGCUGAAUCUAGUGUACCAGCAUUAACUACAGUGUCUAUGACAUCAAAACGAUAUGCAUUACCGAAUGUAACAUUACCCAUACCAAUACGAUGUUGUUGUACACAUUCAAAACAAUGGAAAGAUCAAUGUCUAACACAAACACAAACUAAUUAUUGGAAAAAUUUGUCUUGUUGUGGUAUUAUACAUGAAAAAGAAAUUAAUAAAUACAACUAA